AUGACAGGCUUGACGCGAAAUCUGCCCGAAACCGUUGUACAUAUGUCACGUCAAUCGACGCCCACAAAGUCGACGCAAGACCGCCGACCCAUGUGGGACCCCUCAUAUCUUUUAUCACCUCUUGAAACGCUCUCGGAAUCUGUCCAAGAUCCUGGCUAUGAGCACAUUACUCUUCACGAUAUCACGGAAUCGUACAGCAUCCUUUCUAUCAGAAUACGCGCUGAAAUGAAGGACAUUCUGUCGGCCAACGAACUUCCGCCUGCACUGGCUGUGAUGAAGACCCAUGCAUCGGAUCUCGCACAAUGUCUGGAUCGGGAUAUCCGACUUGCAUUAUCGAGUCCUUUCUCACGUGAACCAUCCCCGCCUGCUGUGUCGUUUUAUACGGACGAUCUGGUGAGGGAAGACGAACUCCAAACCGCUAUUGAUCUCGCGACAGCGUGCCACCACGCGCUUCGUCUUCUAUCUAUGAUUUUUGCAUUCGACCUAUUGUCUUCAAUCUUUCAAGACAACGCGCUUGCGUCCUUACUGCGCCAAAUCCUCGAAGUGUGCCAAGCGUACCAGCUGCCGACGCACAAUGCGCGCAAAACAUGCGCUUUGAUAAUCUGGAUUCUUCAAGUUCAACAGCUGCCACCUGCAAUCGUCAUUCCCGAAAUUCCUCAGAUUAUCUCUGUCUUAAGAGACGCCAUUGAUAAAGACACAGGAAGCGAUACAGCCAAAUUGGAUGCGAUCAAGGCAACCCAUCGUCUCUUGAUGCGAUUUCCCACUGAGUCUUUUGGGCCCUUAUCCAUACUGCUACCAUCCAUUUUGGGACACCUUACAGAAGGAACCCUGGAGGGGAGGUUCCAAGCAGCUUCCGCACUCACUGGUUUUGCCUUUGCAAAGAUCUCUACACUGGAUCGUUUUAUCGACAUUCAGGAAAAAAUAUCUCGAGAUAUUCACUCAUACCUGGCUUCCCAGGUGCCCCGAAAGAAAUCUUUCCGGACGGGAAAUCUCUUGCCUGACCUCCUGAAGACCGCUUUGGAUGGGAAAGAUCCCUUCUGGGAAGGAAGAGGUGCCUCCUGGGCGUUUUCGGUCCACAUAUCACUACUUGUUCUCUCCGAUUUUUCUCUCUUCUGUCACUCGAAAAGUCUGAAGGUAGUUGUUACGACCGUCGAACGGUAUCACCACCGUCGUAUCUCCGUUUCGCCCAUAUGGCGGACUCUCAUCUGGGCAUUCUCUCGCACUCCGGUCGGCCAUGGCGAUGGUCAAAAACGCGACGCGGACACUAGACUUGGUGCUUUUCUUCUCGUAAAACAAGAACUUAGAGGUGGGGCGGGGCUGUCUCUCGUUGCUGCAUUGCUUCAAAGUCCUUGCUCUGAUACCAGCGAGGAUUCUGAAGACUCUGACAUCUCGAAAGCUAUCGCUAUCACCCGGGAAUUGGCUGUACAACCACUCAGCUCGACAAAUGAAGGAUUGAGACUUUUAAAGAGAUUUGUUGGCUCCAUAGGCAUCCCCCAUUCUUCAUUGGGCCCUGUCGACGCUUCGAAAGAAUUGCCACUUUUUCCGCACGAGCUCAUCGAUGGAUCCCUACUAAAAGUAGGCUGUGACCUGGAAGCCUUUUUGAGUUCUAUACCACAUGCAAGCGUUGCGCUUGUGCGACCCCUUUCGGAGACGGAAAUCAACGAUCACUGGGGCAAGAUUAUGGAUGUAUGGAUUUAUCUAGCCGAGCGAUCUAUUUCUGAGAGUACCACGGGGGUUACGGACGACCUUGUGUUUAUCUGGCAAGCUCUUCUACUGGUUCAAGCACAAUUAACGCAGGGCCACCGUCAUCUGACAACGUCAUCGGCAUUCGCUGUCAAAAUUUCUUCCCUGGUUUCGCGUUUCGUUAUACCCACAGAAGAAUGCGAUGCCCAAAUUCGGGAACUAUUCCUGGUGAAGAAACUGUGGACGGUCAUGAAAAACGUAUUUGAGAAAUCCUGGCUUGCUUCCCCUGCAGAAAUCAUUCUGGCGGCAAUUUUGGAACAAACUUUUGGCUUUGAGAACAAUAGCGUCAAAGCCUUGUGGAACCAGCUAUGCGACGAUUUGAUUUCCAUCGGGAUUCCCACCAUCAUUCACAUACUUUUCGUGAGGAGCGAAAGUCGAAAGGAGGAGAAAGAGCUUCAAGUAACGAAGCAACUCUGGCUAUUAAUGGCGGAACGACAACUUGCUAGCGAUGAAUGUAGCUGGGAGGAGUUGGUAUUGCUCCUUGUCGUCCCUUUGGGCGCGUGGGCGAUAGCUGAAUUAGAUGUUAGCGUUUGGGAAGAUAUCCUGAGAAAAGCGGUUACCCAAGCCAACGCUGCUGGUGGCACAGGAAGCAAAGUCAUCGCUCAUUUCCUGCAGAAUCUUGGAGCUGGCAAAGUAGAAACGCUGAAGCAACAACCAAGCUUGAUUGCAUUACUCUUGUCCAGCGUUACAAAAUCUUUAAGCCAUGACGGACAAGCAGAAUUGCUUUUCUUGGUGAACGGUGUCCUUUCGGACCUCUACACAUCGGAAUCCGUCACGGUCGCGUUAAAAAUUUUGUAUGCCCUGGGCAGCAUAAUUUCAUAUACUCCAAGUUCUGCCGUCGUUCAACUAUUGUCUAUGACUCAAGUUGGCUUGAGUCUUUGGUUAAAGGACGAGAGAAAACGACUGUCAGAGGAGGACCAUCACGAUCUUAUCACGAAGCUUUACUGUAGUUCCCUCUCUCUUCUUUCUGAACUAGAGCCAUCCAUUGACACGCUCCAAACUCUCGAACCUUUUCUCAUUUCUGCAUUUACCCGCAUUCCUGACCCAGCGGUAGGCCCACUAGCGUUCGAAGACUUUUGGCGGGAAACAUACCACAGUCAACCUCAUAUCAAAAAACAAAUACCCGAUAAUAUUCGAGUUUGUUUGAAGGCCUUCAGCGAUUGGCGUAAUAACAGCCUCGCUGAAGGGAUUUCACUUGAUUCGCAAUCACAAAGCACAUCUUCCGUCAUUCCUGACUCUCAACCUCUCACAUCCGCGAGACCUGAAUAUGAAGCGUACAAUGUAGAACAAUUGCGAUCCAUUCCAGAAACUCCGUCGGCUGCCAUCAACGCGUCCGUUGUACCACAUUACGAUGAGGAGAAUCCAACAACGCCGGUCCAACAAAUGCCACCGUCCCCUGCUCAAAUCCGAUUCCGAGGCUCGGUAUCUCCACGGCGCUCACUCACACCAAAGGCGUCUCAUGCGCCGCCGGCCCUUAUUGCUCUGCAAGGAUAUACCAGUUCCACAAGCACCGUCAAUGAUCCAACCAUCUCUCGCCAUUCUCUCGACCGCGACGUCAUCUCCCGAAGCCUUGCAGGUGUCCCAAGAACGACAAGCCCCCGAAGAUCGCGUGGCUGCUCUGAGGCUCCAACCUUUUCCGGAACGAACCGUUUGGCUGACACCACAACAAACCUCAGUUCAAAGCGGCGAAGAACCGAACCGAACAUUGCAGAACUUCAUUCGGGCGAGGAAACUACGCAUGCUCCCGAGAACACGCCGUCACCUUCUCGAAGGAAGAGGAAAUUUGCUUCCGAACCCGUCACUCGAGCCCCUUCUAUUUCUCUGAUAUCCGAGCAUUCACUGUCUCAGCCAUCGCGUCAACUAAAGAGACAGCGUCGCAUCGAGCUUCCUGAGAGCCCUGCUCGUUCUCCGGCCUUUCCACCAUCCGAUGAGUACAGUAGUUGGGAAGCUGGGGUCUCCGCGGAGGACUUGAAAAGGAUAAAGUACGAAUUACAAGGUGGUUCCGACCCGGAUGCACCAGAGACCUCCUUUGAACGAAGUAGUGAUUUCAUCAAAGAUGACGCGGAUCACACUGAAGAAGGCAACAUCCUUCCAAUACCUUUGCGUAGUUCGUACCCAGAAGAAUCGAGACGAAGAGAUCGAUCCCAAACAGCUCCUGAACCAGAAACAGGGUCUGCGUCACUCCAUCGAACCGCGCUGAAACGAAACGCAGUGAGUGAAGCCCAGCUGGACGCGUUACAACACGCGUAUGCCGUUGUUGCAGACACAGACGGUGUGUCGCAGAUCGCGGUCCAAGAUCUCAUGCAGGCGAGGAGGCUUGCGAAUCGAAUAAAUCAGGUCUUAGACGAACAGAUGUGUAAAAAACUCGUGCGGGACGGUGAGCCUUCUCGGUCCGGCAAUUCCUAA